AGUUAACCGGUGAGAUAUAGAAGCCUCAGCGGAUGACGUUUGGUCCAGACUCCACCCACCAGAUCUUCUCCCCGCGACUGUGAAAAAAAGUUACACUCCACUCAUCUCUUCAAGAUAGAUCCUUUACUACUUGAAUACUGCAGAUAGUCAUUACAUCUGUCCGAUUCUUCAAUCAGCCCUGAUUACAAUCACCUCUUGUCAUAUCUCCCGCCAUGGCGACAACACCUGUGUCCGUCGUCUGCGUUGGCAUGGCUGGCUCUGGAAAGACCACGUUUAUGCAGCGGAUCAACUCGUACUUGCAUUCAAAGAAGACAGCGCCCUACGUGCUGAACCUCGAUCCUGCCGUCCACUCGGUACCGUUCGAGAGUAACAUCGAUAUCCGAGACUCGAUCAACUACAAGGAGGUCAUGAAACAAUACAACCUGGGACCUAACGGCGGGAUCUUGACCUCGCUCAACCUCUUCGCCACCAAAGUUGAUCAGAUCAUCGCGUUGCUGGAGAAACGCACGAGUCCGAACCCAAGCAACCCCUCCGCGAAGCCGAUCGAACAUAUCCUGGUCGAUACCCCGGGUCAGAUCGAAGUAUUUGUUUGGAGUGCAUCCGGCAGUAUCCUUCUUGAGACCCUCGCUUCAUCCUUCCCGACAGUGAUUGCCUACGUGAUUGACACGCCGCGGGCCAGCUCGACCAGCACGUUCAUGAGCAACAUGCUCUAUGCCUGCAGUAUUCUAUACAAGACGAAGCUGCCGAUGAUUCUCGUGUUCAACAAGACGGAUGUCAAGGAUGCGGACUUUGCGAAGGAGUGGAUGACUGAUUUCGAUGCUUUCCAGCAAGCGUUGCGAGAGGAGGAGGAACAAGGUGCCUUUGGUGGCGAGGGCGGCCCCGGUGGCUUCGGAUCCGGCAGCGGAUACAUGGGAUCUCUGUUGAACAGCAUGAGUCUAAUGCUAGAGGAGUUCUACCGCCAUCUCAGCAUUGUGGGUGUCAGCUCCAUGACGGGAGAUGGGAUUGAGGAGUUUUUCACUGCGGUAGAGGAGAAGCGCCAGGAGUUCGAGCGGGAUUAUAAACCAGAAUUGGAGCGCAAGAAGAAGGAACGCGAGGAGACUAAAGCUGCGCAGCGCGAGCUAGAACUGGGCAAGUUGAUGAAAGAUAUGAGUGUUUCCAGGCCCGCAAAGGGAAAGGCCAACGAGACCGAAGCCGAGACCGUUAGUGAGGCCGAGGAAGAAGAUGCAGCCAAACAGCUCGGUGAAAAUGAUGAUGACGACGAUGAUGACAGUGAUGAGGACUACGCCGCCCCCAGUGCAGGAGACAGCGAUGGGCUGUCACAACGAUACAAACAGGCACUGUCCGAUUCCCAAUCCGGUCCCUCGGAUCAAGACCACAGCUUUACAAGAUACCUUCGCGGGCAACGCUAACCGGGGACCCGACAAAAACAAUAGAUCAUACUAUUUAAUGAAGAUAUCAAGCUAUUUCCCAUCCAGGCGCUCUGGCAUAACUCAAAGCUCUCAAUGUAUCUAGUAAUCAGCCUCUUCUCAUGAAUUACUACUGCUAUAUGGUGUGCGUUGAGCGAUUCUUUACAGCUAUAAAGCUUUAUAUAGAUUCAAGAGACCAUUGACGAC